UUGGGGUUUGUUUCACAAGUUUCUAGUUCACUCGUCUGUUUACUCCUCUACGUGUAUAUCUACACAUACGUGUAUCUGUGUGUGUGUGUGUGUGUGUGUGUGUGUGUGUGUCACAGAGGUUCCACAGCACCUGACCCACCCACCAGCACCAGCACUACCUCAGGGUGUUUGUCCUGAGACAGACACGGACAAACAGUGGUCAAGUAACAGAGGAAAAGCGUCCACCGAGACGGCCCGGGACAAAAGGAUAGCAGGGGGAAGGACGGAGAGCACGGCCACAGCAGCAGAGCAGGAGGAGAAAAACCACCCCGAGUCGCCGGCAGGAGGAAGAUGACUACGUACACGGUGACUCUGAACGGCCCCGCUCCGUGGGGCUUCAGACUACAGGGGGGAAAGGACUUCAACAUGCCGCUCACCAUCUCCAGGAUAACCCCAGGGAGCAAGGCGGUGGGCGGCAGCCUGGCUCAGGGUGACAUCAUCUCCGCCAUCGAUGGGCUCAGCACCGAGGGGAUGACGCACAUGGAGGCGCAAAACAAGAUCAAGUCUGCCUCCAGCAAGCUGGCACUCACCAUGCAGAAAUCAAAACGUGCCGCAGCAUUUUCCACAACUCCAAGAAUGGACUCCCCCAUGCCUGUCAUCCCCCACCAGAAGGUUAUCGCAAACACAGCUGGAAAUGUGGAGUACACUCCCAGCUUCAAUCCCACUGCUCUGAAAGACUCAGCCCUAUCCACUCACAAGCCCAUUGAGGUGAGGGGGCCGGGGGGGAAGGCCACCAUUGUUCACGCUCAGUACAACACACCGAUCAGCAUGUACUCACAGGACGCCAUCAUGGACGCCAUUGCAGGCCAGUCGCAGGCCAAAGGACACGAGAGUGAGGAGGCGGGCUCACCUUUGGCUGGAGCUCUGCCUAUCAAGGACCCCGUGGUAGACUGCGCCUCUCCGGUUUACCAGGCGGUGAUCCGGCCCGGAGAGAACCAGGACAUGUCUGACUGGGCUCGCCGCGCUGACACCCUUCAGUCCAAGAGCUUCAGGAUGCUGGCCCACCUCACUGGCACCGAAUACCUGCAAGACCCAGACGAGGAAGCUCUGCAGAAGUCGAGAGAUAAGUUUGAGUCGGAGGUGAAAGGGCCCCGCUUCGCCAAGCUGAAGAACUGGCACCAAGGACUGUCCUCACAGAUCCUCAACGUCCAGGAGUAGAGAAAGAGAGGAGGAGGAGGAGGACACGCAGAGGGAAACAUGGACAAAAAGCGGAAGACGUAAACAAUAAGAGGGGGAUGAAUUAUGGAGGGAUAGAAAAGCCACAGGGAGGAAUGUGAGACAGUGUUGUUGUCUAGAUCAGUACGUGAGAUACUGUUAGCGUGAGAAUGAUAUGUGUUCAUAAGCUCAAUAUUAUUUGCCAAAUGCAUCUGUCCGCUGCUAAGACCUGAUCCGGCGUUUGGGGGUUUUCUUUCUUUUGUUUGUUUUCUGUUUUUUGGGUGGGGGGUUCUGUCUCUCUUAAAUGAAAGGCAAAUUGUACAAAAAAUAAUCAAGUAAAAAUGCAGAAGUGGUGUUUUCUUUAGUACAUAAAGCGCAUUUACAAACGUAGGAAUUCUAACACCAAGCAUGCUUGUGAGAAGGCCCACAAGGACUAAUGCACACAUAGACGUUAACAAACAACAGAGUAUGUAAAAAAGAAAUGCACUCGAAAAUGUACUUAUAUCAAUGUGAAUAAAUGUUUUCUUAAAACCAUACAGCUGAGUGAAAUGAAA